AUGGACGGCCGGACGCCCAAUGGCGCAGCCGGUAUGGCUCAGAACACUACUUCCACCAACGGUGGAAACCCCGACAUCAUCUCCCAGAUCCACCAGGCCCUCGAGGUCAUACACAGUCCUUACUCUUCCAACGAGUCCCGCCGAGACGCACAGCUUUUCCUCGAGAAUAUCAAGGGCAUAGACGAGGCCCCCUUCCACGGAUUCACCCUCGCAUCCAACAAGUCGCAGUCCCCCGUCGUGCGCCACUAUGCCCUCUCCUUGCUCGAACACGCAAUCAAGCAGAAAUGGGCCGAAUACAACGAGCAGCAGUCUACCAUGCUGCGCGAAUGGGUUAUGGAGCUUUGCCGCACCCUGUCAAAGGAAGACCCGCUAUAUAUUAGGAACAAGACAGCUCAGCUGUGGGUAGAAGUCGCGAAGAGAUGCUGGGGCGCCGAGUGGAUGGAUAUGGACGAGCUCUUGGUACGGAUUUGGCAGAUCCCUGACUCUCCUGUCCACAAAGAGCUCGUCCUUUUCGUGCUUGAGACCCUGUCCGACGAGGUCUUCAAUGGCGACGAUGCUGUUGUUGCCAUGCGCGAAGGCGUCCUCAGCAGAAGCUGCGUCGAAGUCUUUACCCCAGCUUCCGUUCUCAGAGAGGCAUUUCCCAACAGAGUUGCAGGCCCCGAAGUGCGCUCUGGGGAAGAAGGUUGGCUAAGCAGGGUAUCCGAGUUUCUCAGUCAAUGUCUCGACGGUGACGCACCAAACAACGACCAAAUCCGCUCCUGCGCCGUGAAGUCCUUGACUGUGUUCUAUUCCCUCAUGCCAUGGGCCAUCCCAAAGUCUGUUGCCGUUGCAAACUGCGUUCCGGUCAUGUGCAGGGCUCUUGCAACUCCCGAGGUGUCCAUUCAAAAGGCCUCGCUGGAAGCUCUGCAUGCGCUCUACUCCCGUUCCAACUUUUCAGAACAAGAGUUCAAGGACCUUGUCGCGCCCAUGUAUGAUGCUAGCCAAGUAGACCUCAUGAAGAGGCUCUUUGAGUGGUCUGCUGUGGAUGUGGAAGACAUUGACGAGGACAAAUACCAAUUCGGCAAAAAGUUCUCAGAGAUGCUGUCCCUUCUCGGCAACUACCUCGACCGGCGGUUCUCUGCCAUAUCUACAAACUCGGAUGUCAGCGGUUUUCUCAACCUGCUGCUGCUUACCGUUCAGAGCCAGAGUCUCAUCAUCGCGAUUCCAGUCCUGGCAACCUGGACACGUCUCCUCAAUAACAGGCUAAUUGGACAAAGCCCAGCCAACAGUCAUCUCGUUGGGCCUCUUCUUGAAGUAUGCGGCUCUCGCCUGAUACGCUACGAGAAUCUGCCCGAAGACACCCAAGACCAGACCUUUAUGUUCCUGAUGGAGGAUACCGAUACCGUUCCCGAGCGUCACGCAUUUCUCGGCAACUACCGAAGAUACAGCACUCAAGUCAUUGAGACCAUCGUCCAGCUCAAGCUAUCCGACGCAGUAUACCACGUUCUUGGUCAAGCGGAACACGUUUUGCAGCAUCUAUAUGACGAGAGCCCGCCAAUGAAUGUCGCGACGUAUUUUAAACACUCUAUGCCUGUUCUUCGUGUCGAUGCUCAGUUUACAGUCAUCGAAGCCGCACUCAAGGGCUACAUGAAAUGGAGAGCAAGCACCACUCAGCAAAGCUUACCAGACUACGAGCAACAGCGUGCUGCACUAGAGAGGGAUUUGGAGUCGUGGUGCACCAAACUUCUGGAGAUGAAGUUCGAGGAUCCUCUGAUUCGCAAGAGAGUUUUACAGCUGUUGGUCGCCUUCUCAACAACAGCACUUGACAAGAAACCAGGCUUCAUGCUCAAGGUUCUCGAGCACAUUUUGAUGACCUGGCCGGCGCCCCAGCCGGAACAUCGUGCUUUCAAUGAAGCGAUCAAGGACUUCCAGUCUGAGAGCAUGGUAGAGUUGCAGAGGCUAGCGUCCAAGGUCCCUGAUCACUUGCUCGCGGUUUAUGAUCAAAUCGAGGCAAAGGUUAACGACAUGAUCUCGUCUGGUACUCUGGAUGAGAAACGCCAAAUCGCUUAUCAAAGCUUCCUCUUCAUCAUCAUUCACCGAGCAUCCAACAUCGAUCCGGCCAAACAGGUUGAACGACUCCAGCAAUUCAUCAAGCCUGUCACAUCCUCAUGGCAGAACCAAGAGCUGAAGAACGCAUUGUCAUCGUACUCUGGCUUUUGUGAAUUGAUGGCCUUGGACAAGGCAAAGAGAUACCUGAUGAGCCAUCGCGUACAUGAAGUCAAGGAAUGGGGUUCCUGCGAGUUGGAUGCGGAGGGUUUGGCUCUACAGGCUGAAUUGGAGGAAAGGCAAAAGAUGUUGCCGCUCAGGCCUACCAAGUCUUUCCUAUCAUUCUCUGUCGAGAAGCUUGAGAAGACGUCGACGCCAUUCCAGAUCUCGUACCAGCUGUGGAAUGACAGCUUUCCGCUGAUCCUUCCGGAUCUUUUGCAGUUCCUCAGCCAUGCCCACGCCUCCCACAACCCAGAUAACUGGACAGAACUGCCCAACGAGAUGAAGUCUGUUGUUGGCAACGUGCUCAGCGACCGUUUCUGGCAAGCAGGCAUUUCAGAGGGCAGCAAAGAUGAGUUCUACGCAAGGGUCAUGGAUAAGAAGAACACACUCGAAGGUCUUGCAUCGACGAUCCGCGGAACCGUAAGGUUUGUAAGGGAAACUUGUUACGCGAUCAUCUACUGCAUGAGUCGUUUGGAGAUGCAGUUUUACGGCUUCAGCGAGCUGCCCGGUCCGCUUGCGCAAGCACUCUUCCAGAACUCAUUCCACCUGUCAGCACAUCAGCAAAUCAAUCUGCUCAACCUCGUCAGGUAUCUUGUGGAUGACUGUCCCCUCGAGCAGCGAGAGCAUUUCCUACCCCCACUUCUAGCUGCCUGCUUCCAGCAAAUGGACGCCAAGAUCAAUGCCGAAUGGGAGAACUUGGAACGUCAGCAGGCCAUACAGGCAGCUGCCGAUGCUCUGACGGAGGAAAUGAAAUCAGAGAGCAUCUUGCGCCAAGUCACCUAUACCGCAGUCAUUAUGGUGGCGGAUUUCUUGGACCCUACGAAAAGGAACCCCCCGCCAUUGAGAUCUCAGAACGGUCAAGAGCAAUCACGGAAGUAUCCAUCACUUAGGAAGUUUUGCCUGAUGCAGUCGACCGUAGUUGAGCCAUUGCUCCUCUUCUGCACGCACGCCAUCCGCAUGCGAGACACUCGUUGCUGCAGCAUAAUUCUGCGAGUGUUCCGUUCCAUCGUCCCAGACUUCACCGUGGCUGAGCCACUGUCGCCCAAGUCUUUACCCCAAGAUGGUGCUGAGGUGGCACCGUCCAGCAGGGACCCUUACCUCGAUACCUCGCCAGUAUCUGCGGAAGCAGCUACUGCCAUCAGGGAAUACAUAGCUUCGGACGUGCUCCGGGCUUGCAUUACCUCCUUCCAUGAGCCCUACUUUGUAGAUCUACAAAAAGACUUGGCGUCUCUGAUCGCUGCCAUAGUGGUUUACUAUAGCCCUGUCACGAGCACCCCGCGCGACAUACUCAUGUCCCUGCCUAACAUCAGGCAAGCAGAUCUUGACAGACUCAAUGACUUUGUGGCCAAGCCAGCCUCACACACGCGGCAGCAGAGAGCACUUGUGCUUGACUUGCUCAAGGACCUCAAAGGAGUCAGUAUUGCCGAGAUGGGAAAGCUCCCCAAGAACAGCGGCUUCGGGCGCAGCAAGAGGUCAAAUCGUAGCAAGAUGGCUCAGGAGUUCAUGACACCGGCCAACGAGUCGAGAACACGGGGCGGUGGGGUUGCUGAUGGGGGGCGUGCCACACCAGACGCCUUGGAGGGGGUGGCCGGCCUUUUCGAGGGCUGA